AUGCGCUGCGUUUUCCCCACGGCGCGCCGCUCGCGCGCGAGAUGGUUUAGAAGCGGGCGUGCGAUGGUGAUGCCUGACAACGGGGACGGGCUGAGGACUGCGAUGGAGAGAUCUGAGAGAAGCAAACGGUAUCCCUUGGCUCUUGUGGCAUCACUCAGUCCUCAUCCUCUCCCUCCCCCCUCCCUCUGCUGUGGAAUGGUGCCCAUCUGUUUGUCCAACUGUACCUACUUCCACGAGCACAGCGCUCCGCCUGUCUACUCUUUUCCUCUCGUGCCUCUACCUUUCCAGCAAUCUGCUGCUCUCCAACGACUCUCACCCCUUAGCCUGAGUUGCUCCUCCUACAACCUUCCCUUCUCUCAUCUCUCCCACCAACGCCCUGUACCGCCGCUCAUCAUCCCCCUUACACCAGGACUCGGUAGUGGAGUGGCACUGGUAUACAGCAGUGCCGCCAGCUCCUACACUGCACCCCGGCUUCUCUCCUGCUCCUCCGCUACCCCUCCAUUUUCCACAACGGCCUUCCAGCAGGCCAUGCCUCUCGGGUGCCUAAUGUGCAUCGGAGCUGCCAGUGUGUUUGUGACCUUAUGCCUGCCUGCCUCGAUUGCUGUCCUCUUUGUAUUAUCUCUUCCCCUCCCCUCCAUCCCUUUCACUCACACCCAGCUAAUGUGCCUCGGUCGCUCCUGCCCCACUGGUGCUGACAGUGUCUUGGUGGGCAUGUGGCAUGACCUGCCAGAGACGCCGAGGCAGGAAGAGCAGCUGAGGCGAGCCAAGGUGGCAGCAGAGGCGGCAAGCGACGCCAAGAGCAUCGUUUUGAGGAAUAUGAGGCACGAGAUUUGCACCCCGAUGCAUGCUCCUAACAGUCCAAGAUGGACAGCGGAGGCGAGGCAAGGCACCUGUAUUUUCUCAGAACAGUCCAAGAUCGACAGCCAGCGCCCUUCUGCCCUGCCACGCGCAUCAAGGACGUUUGGCUCUGCUCUCUCUCUCAAGCGGUCCAUGUAUUUGCAACCAGAAACGUACAGACAUGCACAGGAGGAUAAGGCACCUGGAACAUGCAUCAAAGAAGGACCUUCGGGCCGAGCCAUCCGGGGCUGCUGGGUUGCUGGGCUGCUGGGAUGCUGGGAGGCCAAUUCAACUGGGAUGCUUCGGCAAAUUAUUCCGCAUCGUGUGUCCAACGUGAUCGAGUUCACUCACACGGUGGUGACCCACCAGCUGCUGCACUGCACCCCGCAUGUACUCCUCCUGCUCCUCCACUACUCCUCAAUCCUCCAAACCGGCCCUCCAGCACGCCAGGGCUUUCAG